AGGAUCAGAGCCGCCUUUCCGUGAGGGCGCCAGACACUCUCAUGGCCUCGUCUUCAUCUCCCGGAACCUCAGGUCUUUGUAAUGGAGGAUUAACAGCGGUUGAGCUUCCAAUGCAGGAUUUGGUAUCAUUUGAGGAUGUAGCUGUGGUUUUCUCCGUGGAAGAGUGGGCCCUGCUGAAUUCUAAGCAAAAAGCCUUAUACCAAGAGGUCAUGCUGGAAAACAAGAGGAACAUGGCCUCCGUAGGUGACGGAUGGGAGAUGGAGGAUUCUGGCCAAGAGGCAGCAGCACCUUUGCCAAAAGACAAAAAUAAUGUUGCAGAAAAG